AUAAAUUUGAAUUUGUUUGAAUCUCGAUGUAACGUAUAAAGUGCUGUCUAAAACUUUAACGAAUAUCGUUUGAUAUUGUAUAAACUUUGACGGAUUUUUAUAUAUUUUCUACAUAAUUUGUGUCAUAAAAUUAGUGCACGCAUAAUUUGUUAAGUGUUUUUGGAAUAGUGCCUCGAGAUGACGUCCGAAAAAGGAGGCAGGAAAGAAAAGAAUCAGAACAUUCAAGUUUUUGUUCGUUUGAGACCUCUAAACCAACGAGAGAGGGACAUCCGAUCUCUUGGUGUGGUUGAAGUUGUCAAUGGACGGGAAGUGGUAGUCCGUCAGUCGCAGCAGACUGCACACACCAAGAAGUUCACCUUUGACAGGGCCUUUGGUCCUAACACCAAGCAGGUGGAAGUAUACCAAGAUGUAGUUAGCCCUCUGAUAGAGGAGGUGCUGGCGGGGUAUAACUGCACGGUGUUUGCAUAUGGACAAACUGGCACUGGGAAGACUCAUACUAUGGUUGGUGAGAAUACCGGCAAUGAGACAACAUGGCAGGAUGAUCCUCUUGCUGGUAUAAUUCCUCGUGCCCUCAGCCAGCUAUUUGACGAGCUCCGACUGACCAACACGGAGUACACAGUGCGGGUUUCAUACCUGGAAUUGUACAAUGAGGAACUGUUUGACCUGCUCUCCACAUCGGAAGACAACUCCAAGUUGAGGAUAUACGAGGAUGUCACCAGGAAAGGAUCCAAUAUUGUUAAUGGCUUGGAAGAGAUUACGGUUUAUAAUAAGAAUGAGGUGUAUAAAAUAAUGGCGCAAGGACAAGAGAGGAAAAGAGUUGCUUCUACGCUUAUGAAUGCUCAAUCCAGCCGGUCGCACACAGUCUUCACGAUCGUGAUCCACAUGAAGGAGAACAGCCCCGAGGGUGAGGAGCUGGUGAAGAUCGGCAAGCUGAACCUGGUGGACCUCGCCGGCUCGGAGAACAUCAGCAAAGCGGGCUCUGACAACCCCGCCAAGCGCGAGCGCGCGCGCGAGUGUGUCAACAUCAACCAGUCUCUGCUCACCCUCGGCAGGGUCAUCACCGCACUCGUAGAACGUCACCCUCACAUACCGUACAGGGAAUCCAAACUGACCCGCAUCCUACAAGAGUCUCUGGGCGGUCGCACGAAGACCUCCAUCAUCGCCACCGUGUCUCCCGGACAUAAGGACCUGGAGGAGACGAUGAGCACGCUGGAGUACGCGCACCGCGCCAAGAACAUACAGAACAAGCCUGAAAUCAACCAGAAGAUGACCAAGAAGGCCAUACUUAAGGAAUAUGCCGAGGAAAUUGACAGGUUGAAGCGAGAUCUACAAGCGGCAAGAGAUAAAAAUGGCGUAUAUCUUGCCAAUGAAACAUUCACGGAGAUAAUGAUGAAGCAAGAGGAGCAGCGUAAAGAAGUACAAGAACUCCUGCUGAGGAAGAAGUCGGUAGAAGAAGAGAAGGAGAGGAUAGAGACGAUGUUUAACUACCAGGGCCAGGAGCUGCAGCGCCACCUCGCAGAGCUGAACAACACCAAGAAUAUAUUGAACAGUACUACAGAUAAACUUGUACAGACUAAAAAUAUGCUGGAGAGCAGCCGGCAGCAGGCGGAGGAGCAGAGGCAGCUAGUGCGGUGCCACGAGCGCACGGAGCAGCAGCUGUGCGCGCACGCGGCGCAGCUGCUGGCGGCGGCGGACACGGCGGCCGCGCACGCGCACUGCCUACACGACACUGUCGAUAAACGGAAACGUGUGGAGGAAACCAACCUGGAGGUGCGCAGUCAGUACCUGUCUGCGGCGGGGCGCGCGCGUGCGCAGGUGUCGCGCGCCGCUGACACACUGCUCACACGGCUGGCGGACAACUUCGCUGACAUGCAACAAGCACUACAGAGCUACAACGCGGCGAGCGCGCAGACCUGCGCCGACAACAGGGCGCGGCUGCAGCAGCUGCUCGCCAGCGCCACUGACACCAUCAACAAGAUGUCGGCAUUACACAGCGAGUUAAGUGCGCACAUCGACAGCAGCAGCAGCGAGCAGCUGUCGCUGCUGCGCGGCGCAGUACUGGCGCAGGCGGGCGCGCUGCAGGCGGCGGUGCAUCGCGCAGGGGAGACAACAGCUGACGCACUUACUGCUGCAGAUGUCGACAUUAGCACACCACUAGCUGAUUAUCUGGGACAAUGGUACGCGAGCGUGUGCGCGAGCAUGUGCGCGGUGCGCAGCGGCGAGUGCGAGUGGUCGCGCGCAGCUGCUGGGGCUGCGGCGGCGCGCGCAGCAGCUGCUCGGCGGCAGCGCGCAGCUCGCCAGGCGCAUGCGCAGCGCACUAAUGCAGCCAUACACGCACGGAUUGCGCUCAUAAUGGAAGACAAAACAAAUAUUGAAAAACAAAUAAACGACCAACUUCAAGACAUAAAUAACGAAAGAACGGAAAUGGAGUUCCGUCUAACAGAAUGGAUGGAAGAAGAGAGACGUCUUCUAGAGGAACGCAUCGCGAAACACGUUGAGAGAGAACGAAACUCUUUAGAAGAGAGGAUAAAGUUAAGGUUAUCAAGAAUAGAAGAUAAUAGAAGAAAAAUGGAAGAGAAUAUAUCACAUAAUUUGGAAUGGCAUGAGGCUUUGUUGAGGUUAAAUGAACAAGAGAGUGAAAAACUUGAUGCAGAAGUGAAGGAGAAUGAAGAAGAUGCUGAGAAAUAUUUGAAAGAGAUGGAGAGUUUCAAACAAAUUUGUGAUGAAGGAAUGAACGCGGUAUCAUCGGAAGUAGAUUCCUUGACCGGAAACGUUCUGUCUGUGGUUGGAAAGAUCAGGAACAACAUGCUGGAUGUUAUACACUGCGCGAAACAGAAAAUUGAGAAGGAAACAAAGGAUAUGUUAUCAAGUAAUCAACAAGCGUCAGAGCAAAUAUACAACAGUGUGGAGGUGGCUGUACAGACUGUCGUCAAGGAUUGUCUUCAAGCUGUCACUGGAAUGCUGGCACAUGUUAAUGAAAACACAACAACAACAAUACAAGAACUGACAACAAUAUCAACAAACAACACAACAUUAGAAACAUCCACCUCCGGCCAGUCGGAGGUGCAAAGCUCUCGACUCACCUCCGCGCAGGCGGAGGCGGAGGCGUUCUAUUCCAGGCUGAAGGAGGAGAUGAACACAUUGGAGGAGGUGGAGGAGAAAUGUCUCAAAGAGGAAUACAAAGUAUACUCACCUACUGGUCGCACGCCGGCGCGCACGCAGUACAGCUACCCGCGCGCGCUGCCGCACACCUCGCCGCACGCGCGGCUGCUGGCGCGCUACCGGGCCCGCGACACACACCACGACGACUGCAUAAUGGUGGAGUGCGAGGAGACACGAGGCCAGAGUGACUGCGAGUCCUCCAGCUCCGAGGACUCCGCGGUGGUGUUUGUGGCGCCCUCCCCGCCGGACCACCCCGCACCACCUUCCCCGCCAGAACACCCCACACAACCACCCCUCACCAAGUGCACCUCCGAGACAGACAUCUAUGUACGGCAGCGUCAACAACAGCAAGGCAAAGAGAACGUGAAUCGGUCAAUGAGUUUUAAGAAACCCUCCAAGUUGCCCGCCCCCGCCCCCGCCCCCGCCCCGCCCUCCGGCAAGAAACCUCUCUGCGAACGCAACGCAUCCUGACUACACAUUUAUUAAAAAACUAGCUGUUCCCGUGCGACUUCAUUCGCAUCAAAUUAUGAAAAUUGUUUUAUUGAUUACAU